AAUUUGGGGCCAUUGACUCUUUUAUUAUCAUAGCAACUCGAUACAGCGACGUGCGUUGAGGGACUGAGCAGAAAGGGGGCGUGGUCUAUUAACGAAUGUGUCAAUCACUCACGGUCAGCAACGAGAGGCGGAGCUUCAUUUUUACACAUUGAGGGGAAAAUGGCUAUAAACCAGAGGGUUCACUUGCAGAAACUUGCUGUGGGACGUCUGUAAAGAUUUACCUAAACUAUACGUGGGAAGAGGUAGGUGUGAUUCAGUGAAGUUGUUGAAGACCGCCGCUACUCACUGAGGGGGGUAAAACUGCUCACUGCAAGAAAGAAAUUCAACCUAACCUUAUUAUACGAACAUUUUCUGAAAAGAAUAAUAAUAAUUAGUAAAAUCCAACUAUUGGUCUAUUCUGAUUAGAGGAGCUACUACUAGGCUAUAUGUUAUAGCCCACUAGCAGCGAAAAGCGCGGGCUUUUAGGCGGCAAAAAAGGAUUAAAUUCUAGCUUUAACUAACUAAAAGUCUUUUAUUCUCGAUAUUUCUGACCAACUAGUUGGAUUUUGCUAAAACAAUUAUUCCUCUCGCCCUCAUGGCCCUAAGUCAAUAGCCCGUUUUCGGCCUUCGAUCUCAUGGGCUAUUGACUCAGAGCCCAUUCGGGCUCGAGGAAUAAUUGUUAAACAUGAAAUUUUACAUUGACGGUCCUCCUAGUUUGCAAAUAAAUGAGAAGUAAAAAAACUAACAAAAUUUAUUUUAAAGAAAAGGUUUCUAAAAAAUGUUUUAUUAACCGAACAAAAACACCGUUGACCUGUCAAAACCUAUUCUUAAACGAAAAAAAAAAGUUUUCUUACCAAAAAAGCACCAAACCGCGGUCCAUGUUACCAUUUCAAGAAGCAAUGGGCGAAACGAGUCACAAGCAACAAAAUUUAAUGUUUACCAGUUUCAAUUCCGAAAAAAUUAUCAAUAUCCAUUACGUCGCGUUGAAGUGAGAUCUAAAGUUCGAUUACCAGCGAGAGACUUUCCCAUUUUUUAUUGCCAAUUGGCGGUUGCUACUUUUUUGGCUAUAAAACGUUCGGUUUGGUAUUGUUGCUACGAAAGAUUGCGGAAUUUUCUUAUUUUUUAAUUUGUGUUUUGCGUUCUCGUUCUUGUUUUGUGAGCUUGCGAAGCACCAAAACAAUUGGUGCUCCGACUGGGCCACAUUGCAAGAGUUGGUGGAAGAAAUCUUUGGACGUGGGCCUGUCAUUCAUGCAAGAGUGCCGGCGGAAAGGCUUUGGAGUGGGAAAAAUGGCCGUAUGGUCCUAUUGUGGAUGGUUGGCAAUUGUGGCGAUGUUUUUCUUUUAGGGCACCCAACGACGGUUUCCUCCUAAAUACAUUGAAAACACUUUUUAGGCUACCCAGAGUACUUUUAUAACUCUAGAAAAGCAUUCUAAGCGGCGCUGUAAAAUUUGCCUCUGUUCGGUCAUCCUAGGGGAACUUGAGUCUUUUCGGGCUUGAGUAAUAUUUUCCCGAAAAUUUUAGAUGAAAUUUAACGUAUUACGAGAGUAAGACAUUUUCUAAUUCCUCUCUCCAUCACAUUUUUGAAUCCGAAAAAUUUAGGUUUCCUUUUUUCUACGAAAAAUAGCCUAACCUGGGAAGUAAAAUGCAAAAAUCAAACUUCAGAAAAUCGUAGGAAAUUUUAUUUGUAAGAUAAGCUUCGAAAAUUGUACAUGAUGGAAUGGUAACCUACAAAUAUUUAGCCGUCCUCAAUUAGAAAAUUCUGGGUAGUAUUUGCUUCUCUGAAUAGAUAUUUUAAAGAAAACAUUUGAAAAAAUCUUUGAAAAGCUUUUCGUAAAACUCUUCGAAACCUUUUCCAAAACCUUUUACAAACCGGCCGAUUUUGCUUUGUUAACUGAAAAUUUUAUUGAAUGCAAACACGGCAAACAUAAAACAGCUUUUCGGGACCGAAAAGUUAUCGAGACUUUCGAGUAACGGGCCCCUGGAUUGUCGUCAUAAAGCAAAGUGGGCGCUGCGUCGACCACACCAGGGCCAGCUUUUCCUUCAGAUCGCGUUACUUUCACCAGUUUUCUUUCCUAUUUAGCAGCCUCGAGGAACUACUUUUCAUCGUUUUUUUUUUUUUUCAGCCAAGUUAGCUUAAUGUACUCCACAUGUAUAAAUUAUUUCAAAAAAAAGAUGUUGCUAGGUUAUAGAAAAUCAUUUAUGCUUUGUUCAUGACAUUUAUUACUUUUUUACAGCAGAGAACCAAAACAAAUUAAUACACUUGCAACUCUGACAAGUCGAUCAAAACACAUCAUUUCGCGAGAAGAAGCACCGCUGUUUUUUAAAGGUAUGUUGAUUUGCAAUUUAUAAGAUAUUUCCAGUGUUUUUAGUUUACCAUUUAACUUAUCUAAAGGUAUACAGAUAACUAACAACCGCUGGCGAGUAAAAUGGCAACCCUAACGGAACCCUAAUAGUAAACUCCGACUUCCAUUUUUCUAGGCCGCGCGCAGAAUCGCGCGCGCACUAUAAAGUUUUUUUUUGAGCGUUUGAUUUUUUUCUUUCAUGGCGUAUGGAAACCUAGUCUGCUUGUGGGGAGGACAGACUAAUGGAAACCUUGCAACGUUUCUAACGUACUUGUAACUCCACUGAUGAAGGGCCAGGCCCGAAACGUUUGGAGAGGAACUCAAACCACAAGACGGCACUUUUGUUCAUUAAAUGGCGCGAGGAAAAGUAAAGAUCUGCCCCUGGGUCUCCGAGGAUAAAAUGUGCGCCACUGUCUUGUUUUUCUGUCUUAAUCAACUGGUCCAGUUCGAUUAGCUGUACCCGUGAACUCUGAAAAAUUCGACUCCAGAAGACCAAAUGGAAAGAAAAAACUGAAAAUCCCCCGAGGCCCUUCGACCAAAAAGAAAAACAAAACUCCAAGACCCAAAAAUCACCCGAACACGAGUUCAAGACCCAUCACAAACACUUCAAAUCCGAGAUUUCGAAAUUGGGUAAAAUUUUCCGAGAGCCACGUUUCUCGAGGUACCAUUCUAUAUCGUCUAUAUCCCUUUGUUACAAUUGUCGCUUUCCCUUGCACUCAACUUGCCCGUUUCUUACUUUUCCUCUAAGUACCUGGCCUGUAAAUGACAGACAUGGCCCUGCAAUUCUCUCUUGACUUUUCUCGGUAAAUCUAUAUCAUCUCUGUUAUUUAGACGACUGCCCGAUCUUUGAAAGCCCAACUGUCCAAACUUUAGAUCAAUAACUCAGUUACGUUGUCUACCUUUCCCCAUCUUUUAAAUGCAGUUCACAUCAUCUUCACUCUUUCACCAUCUUGCCCUCAAUGCUCGAGUUGACUUUUGUAUCAGUCGGGUUCCACUAGGAUGUCUUAAGCUUACCUUAAGAUCCGGUUGAGUUUUAGCAACUCUCAUACACUCUCUAGUCUAGUACGUGCUCGUUAUUUACCAAGCGAAUGUAAAUGAGCGUAAAUUAGUAAGAAUAAGGUAGUUAAGGGAUCGGGAUUAGUAUAGUUAAUAGCAUGAUUUGUAGUGAUAUUAAGCAUUAAUACCACGAGUGUUAUUUCGAGAUUGUUGUACGUAAUUUCACGAGCCGUUAGGCGAGUGAAAUUUGAGACAAUUUUGAAAUAUCACGGGUGGUGUUUAUGCCUAAUAUCACGCACAAAUCAUGCUAUUAUUUGUUUACACUACUACUCACAAAAAGUUUGUAAUUUUCACAUGUAGUUAUUUCAAAUUAAGCUUAAAUGCCACUGCUCUAAGUCAAUCAAAUUGCAGAAAUUUCUCAAGUAGUAGUAUAACUGAGUCAAAAGAUCUUUCAACAAUAAAUUGACCUCGCUCCCACUGUGUGGCUUCAUAGCUCAGUUAGUAGAGCAACGCACCGGUAACGCGGAGGUCACGGGUUCGAAUCCCGUUAAAGCCCUGAUUUUUUUCAGGCUUCUUCUUUCCAAUUGCUUAAAUUGGAAAAUUUACUGCGAUGAUCAUUCUUCACUUUCAUCUACAACCGCAGUUCAAAAAUGAAAAAAAAAAUGAUUUCAAAUAUACUUCAGAAAAGGGAAAGAUGAAAUUCACUGGACACAUUCACAGGAAAAAAACAUAGGCACGUUUAACGUGCAAGAGCCAUUUUGAAUGCUUCAUUAUUAACAAUCUACUGUUUUAAUCCUAAAUUAAGACUAUUUUUUGUGCGAAAUUGGGUAUUGUUGUCCAUUAUUGAAAACGCGAACCGCUGCCAACAGCUGAGUCGAUGCUCAUACAAUAGAUUCACUCUUCUUUGUCUUUCCUUGCAAAAUAAACGAAUUGUUAAAAUACUAUGAAUAUCAACUAACCAAAAGUUGCUUAGAGGGAAGACUCGAAGGUUUCAAGGUUUCUUCAUACAUUCUUAAGAUAAUCAAGCUGGUCGAAUACCGAGAAGCUAAGAAAUGACACGAUUUUCAUCGUUGUUGUAGAUGGUUGCAUCAUCAUUAUUCACGAGGUUGUCACAUGCGAUUCUACUUAAUGAAACGGUCUUUAACUCUGACGACUUGAUUCUAAAAGGUAUAUUGAUUCUUAAAAAGAAAAGAGCUUUAACUUAAGGCACUAGUUACAAAACUAAAGAGGUCUUCAUACGUUCAAGUUACUAUUAUUACUGUGAAAAGCCAGUCUGUGUGAGAUAUACAGUCACACAGUUUGCACGUGAAAGUGUUGGACUUUGCCCCUUUCGUGAUUCAUACGUGAGGGAAUUCGAGUUAUCACACAGUAAUCCAGUAAACAGGGUUAUAAAAAUAACUCAAGCAUACAAUUUGCACGUGAAGGCAGUAACCAUGUUUCAUGUUGUUCACCAAAUUCAUGUUUUUUUUUUUGGGGGGUUGGGGGGCGGUACGAAAAAGGUCUGUUGAACUUUGUAAGCGAGAGAUUAAGGCUUGUUUACAGGAUUAACAAUACUCGCCUUAUUGCCUUUCAAACUUCUAAAACCCGCACAAUUUAUAGGCUGCAUGCUCCCGAAUUAAAGUCCAUAUCUAAACUUUAAUUGUUGUUUCAUUGGAAGAAAUUUGAAAAAUAUAUGAUCUUUUAAACUCUACCUAGAAGCAGGUGAAACACAACUCAUAAAUUAUGAGAUACGUACGUUGUACCGUUCGCGAUAGUCGAAUUAGGUAAGAAAGUCUUGAAGCAGCUCCCACACUAAAGUAUAUAUAUUGACCCUCAAACAGCUGCAUCACUGUACUCAGAGUUUGAAUCAUCAAGAUAUUUCAAUAUUGUGCUUCUAAACACCUUUAGCCUUAAUAAAAGACGAAAAAAUUGUGCAGAAUCAAGAUGGCGGUCUCACAGUGUCCCUGUUUGACCUUAAGCAAUGUCAUGUUAGAUAUGCCAAAAUCUCACUGGUUCCUACACUACCCAUCAACUCAUAGUACCUUCAACCUUAUCGGCCCUUGCAACAGACAUCCGAACAUACAAAGCCACAAAGAUACAUAUGCUCAGACCACUGACAUACAUGGAGAAUUAAACAGUAAUGGACAAUUAAACAAUUCAGAGAGAACCACCUUACUUUCAGGAAGCCUCCCUUUUCUAGGAAAGUAGAUAUUCUGUUUUGACCAAAUUUUCGAAAACAUCUUGAAAAACUCCUGAAGACGGUGAAAAAGAACGAUUGUCGGUGGCUUGCCUCUUUCCCUUUCCCCUACCAAAGAGAGGAGGAAAUUCUUCUGUAAAGAACAGCUUUUAAAACGAAACAUUACUAUUAGACAAUUACCGUUAAAAUUUCUCAACCAUUUUUUGUUGCAGUCAACCCAAUGAGGCUUCGUCAUUAUUGGUUCAUUGUUUGUCUUAGUAAUGCCUGGAUCGUUUUUGAGGCGGGCCAUUCAGAAAAGGACACUAACGAUUCAAGUCCAGUGGAGUGCAAGGAAGGAAGUUUCAUGUUAAACACGUGUGAAGAGCGUUGUGAAUGUAAGAAAGGUAAACUUACCAGCUGUUACCGCGUAAGAAAGGAUUUUACCAAAAUGACCAUCGAGGACAGAAAACGUUAUAUUAACACUUAUAAGCUGGCAUCGGUCCAUCCUGUGUUUAAGAAAGAUUAUGAGAAAUUGAUAGCUCUCCACAACACCGCCGGAGCUCAAGAAAGAGUUCCUGAAGUCUUUUUGCCCUUUCACCGGUGGUUUUUGGUUGAGAUGGAAAACGUACUGCGCAGAAUCGACUGUCGUGUGACUUUACCCUACUGGGAUUGGAGCAAAAACACUCAUCAUUGGUGGAGAGGAACUGGUGACGAAGACCUUUGGAACCCUGCUGAUCAUGGUUUAGGAGGAGAUGGAAGUGAUAACGAUGACAACUGUGUGGAGGACGGAGUUUUCAGCAAAGAUAAAUGGCGUCUCUUAGACGUGUCCGGAGGAGGGUGUUUAAAAAGGAAUUUUACGAAAGACAGCCUUCUCUACGAUAUUGAUCACGUGAAUAAAACUUUAUCGCUGCCCCUGGAAGAGUUCGAACAAUUUGAAGAAAUUGUCCGUAUAGACUAUCACGUGUUGCCUCACAAUGCAAUCGGUGGUACAAUGGUGAAUCCUCUAAUAGCAGCAAAUGCCCCAGAACUGCUUCUUCACCAUUCAUUUAUGGACAAACUGUGGUAUCAAUGGCAAAACAAAGGAGAUGAAUACAAAAAUGUCUACUUCCCAAGCGUGCCCUUCAAACUUUAUGGAUCAAAGUAUUAUGGCCGGGAAUGGAUUGAUUCUAGUAACCUUCCGGGUCAGGUAAAAGUUCUUUACGAAGAAUGAAAAAAAAAAAAAGAUGAAGCAAACAGUUAAAUAAUCCGAUGUAUAGGCAGACAUGAAACUCUUUGACAUUAAAUAAUGUGCCGAAAUCAGUUAAUCCAGGACAAUUGAUUUUCGACCAUUCCAGUAAUACUGAGUUAGAACUUACAUGUGUUAUUUAUCAGGACAUAGGACACAUUUCAUGAGGUAAAUAUGCUUAGCCAUACGGCUAAUUUGCAGCCGUUCCCAC